UUUCAGAAUAAGUUACACUGAUCAAGUAAUUUUUAUAAGAUAAAUAAAAAUGCCGCUUCCACCUGCGGUUGAUAAAUUAUUACAAGAUGUGGAUAAGAAAUUGCAUGAAGAAAAUGCUGUGACGAAUUUGUUGGCACAAAUUGAAGCGAAAGUGGGACUUAAACGAUUACAUCUUGUACUUGGUUUUGUUGGAAUUCAUGCUCUGUAUUUGAUAUUUGGAUCUUUUGCUGAACUUUUAUGCGAUAUCAUUGGCUUUGUCUAUCCGGCUUACAUCUCAAUCAGAUCAGUCGAAACUUUUCAUAAGGAUGAUGGCGCACAGUGGUUAACCUACUGGGUUAUCUUUGCAUUAUUCAACAUCGUCGAAUGCUUUUCGGAAACAUUCGUAACAUAUUUCCCGCUCUAUUGGCUACUCAAGUGCGUUUUCCUGUUGUAUUUGUAUUUGCCAAUGACAAGGGGUGCGCAGAAAGUUUACUACCGUUUCAUACAGUCAUUCGUGCAGAAGCACCAAUCAGCUAUUGAAAAACAAAUAGGUCGUGCGGCCGAGAAAUUGACUGAUAAACUUGAUGCAGUACGUCAAGAAUUUGAGACGCACGUGAAACCGAAUUAAGAUGAAGUGAAAUUGGACAUGCAUUGAGCAAUUAUUGCGACAAUCAAAUGUGAAAAGCUUAGCAUCCUAAAAAAAAAAAAAAGUGGAAGAAUAUAAUUCAGCAAACUGAUGGAUGAAUGGUUUUAAUUAGUUAUGAAAGAUAUCUGUAAAGCUUUUAUCAGAAGCCUUCUGCUUUAUGUGUGCUUUGUCAAAACUGAAAACAGGG